UUAGAGUAAUCGGGCGCGAAAGCUUCGUCACGGAAAUGCCUCCUUGUUAUUGGUCGAACAUUUUGCAAAUACCAACCUAACGAAUUUAGUAAUUUUGGCUAUGUUGUCAGAAUUAUUACUUCUCACCAGUUGUGUGCCAGGCAGGUCGUCAAUAAUGAAUCGUAAAAGAUAGCCGAACGUCUGUAAUGCGUUCGCAAACAAUCUCGAUGCCGAGAAAUGGAGAGACAGCAGUGUAAUCCACUUCAAAACUUUGACGAUUCAAAAAGUGAGAUUUUGAAAAAAAGAUUACUUAAAUCGAGCAGCGCUCCCGCCUGCAACAAUCUAGCUCCGACUGGUUCGCAGCACAAUGUGCUGCUGAAUACUUUGCGCACGCCGAUAUCGAGCAGCAUGAUCGUGUCUUCGGUAGGUAGCGGGCAGGGCUCGCUGCCGCUGCAGCACGGGCUGAUGACGCACUCGCUGGCGCCGGUGAAGCUGCACCCGAAUCCCGCGCCGUACCCCCUCCAGCUAUCCACGGUGCACGUCCCAGUACAGAUCCCCGGCACGAGCGCCAACAUCAACGUGCCCGUCCAGCUCUCUGGACCAAGCAGUAGUGUACCUUUGCAAAUAGCCCCCGUCAGUCUUCCAAUACAAGUGUCCGGGACUACCAGUGUGCCAGUUCAGUUGCCAGCGGGAGACACUAUCAAUGUGCCUCUGCAAAUCCCUGGCGCUAGUCAGAACAUUCAACUCGGGCCUCCGGGUAUGCAAUCUAUGCCAAUUUUGCAAAGCUCUAAUCAGCCAAUGAGUUCUAUUAUACAUGUGCAUAUGGGGUCUAAUCCUAGGUCUAAUAGUAUGGAUAAUGGUGCUGAUAUGACAGUGACUAGUUCCUCGCAUCUACAAACUGUAACGUCAGGAGCUCAAGUGCAAAUGGGUAACAAUUCUACAGUUGUGCAGAUACCCAGUUCAGUUAAUAACUCAAUACAGUUAGCGCUUCCUAAUUCGGUUAGUUCGGGAACUGUGCAGCUGAGAGGGGCCACGAGGAAUGUGCCUCAUGUGGUUUACAUCCAGACUCCGCAAGGUCUGAAGCCGGUCACAAGCACCGAUGUCAUCAGCCAAGCCAGCACCAGUGGAAAUCCUCCGCAGAUCAUAGUCAGGAGACCUGUCACCAGCAACUCCAACAUACAUUUAAUAUCAAAUGUAAACAACAAACCAAAUAUUGCGCCAAAAAUAUCUCUGGGCAAGACUGUCUCGGCCCCAGCCGCUACCCCGCCAAUUGUUAUCCAGAAACCUAAAAGCAAUGAGAAGAUGAUAGUCCCAGUCAGCAUUGCCCCCGGGAAUGCGGGGAAGCAAGCCAUAGCCUACCUCAGCUCAGUCAAGAAACCUAACACUAAAAAUAUGGCUGAUAAUCAGUCCAUCCUAAUCUCAAAUAACCAGACAACUGUUAACUCUAACAACCAGAAGCUAUUUCUAACUCCGAUGACUAUGCCAAAAAUCCAAAACACAAAGUUUAUCCUGCCAGUAACCCUGCCAGCCACCAUGGCUUCCAAAGGACCUAUAAUUAAUCUGCAAAUAGCUAAUGGACAAAUACAGAAUGAUCCUCAAGGCAAUAUCACUGUCAUGAGAGACAGCGCUGGCUUAGAAUCUGCAGACAUGCCACCGCUACAACCUCUGGCAAAGAUGGGCAAUUUAAAUGGUAACAGUAAAGAAACUAAUCCGAUUCCGCAGAGUCCUAACAAAUGUGAAACAUACACAAUAUCCAUUCCUGGGUCCCGAGCAGAGCCUACAGACGAACAAGGCACUUAUACACUUUCAAUACCAGAAACUAAUGCUUCGAUGAAUGAUGAUAUUUACACAGUUUCGAUAGCUGAUGAUGAGGAUCAGAGUCGGGAGAAGUCAUUCACUCUAGCUAUACCGGAAAAAGGAAAGAGUUUAUUGAAUAGGAACAUGAUAGAAAGGAAUGAAGUUGGUUCCCAUGUCACGAUAGCGGCUCCUGCUAUUUUAAGACGCUCUAACUCUGAUAACAGCGAAAGAAAAGCUUCCCACGCUAAUCUGAAGAGGCGGAUAUCGCUCUGCAAUGAAAAUUUAGCCAGUAAAAACAUGAAAUUUACGCAACCGCUGCCAAAAACGGCGGAAAAAUCCGAAGAGCGUCAAGAUUCUGACAAUAACGACGAUCAUCGCGUGCCUUCUCUAUUCUGCGACGAAAAGUUAGACAAGGACUUGGAAUGUAAAGUCAUUCUCGGCGAUUCCGACGAGGAAUACAAGGAGAAGAAAGAACCAGAAACAAAAAGCUUACUGUACUAUCAAAAAGACAUGAAGAAUGAGAGAAUGAAACGGGAAAGCGUGGAUAGCGCGUUAGAGGAAGAUCCUCCAGGAUUGUUCUGGAACAACGGUAUAGCGCAGCUGCAAGGCAGUACGCUACAGUUCCAAACAAAUGAAUUCGGGCUUAUAGAUUUCAUAGACGCUUCGGAUCCUGAAGAAUUACCUCUCCCACCUAGCGCGAAAUACCACACGCCUUUAAAACAACGUAUAGAACGUCCACGUGAAAAGAAACCAACAUCACCCGAGGACCUAUACCGAUGUGAUGGCUGCGGCUGCCACGGGAUGGCAGCAGAAUUCAUAACGCCUAACUUCUGCAGUCUUACUUGCCAAAGCGAUGUACAAAAGGUGACCCAAAAGAAGCGAGAUCGCGAGCGCGCCGAACUAACUCGCCGGAGGAACAAAAUGAAGAAACUCCUCAUGAGGAAACAGCAUGAUGAACCGAUGGAUGAACCUGCUAAACCUGACGAUGAAAAGCUAUCCGAUGAUGUGAUAGAUGAGAAAUAUCCAUGGAUGUGUGGGAAGAACGGUUUCUCAUGGAUGCGGUAUUUGGACUUCUGUAAAGCGAAGGCGGCCCCGGUGAAGUUGUUUAAGGAUCCGUUCCCGUACAACCGGAACGGGUUCAAGGUCGGCAUGCGGAUGGAGGCGAUAGACCCGCAGCGCGCGUCCGUCUGGGCUGUAGUUUCUGUGGCUGAAGUGCAGGGCUACCGCCUCCGCCUCCACUUCGACUCGUACCCCGACAUCCACGACUACUGGGUGAACGCGGACUGCCCCGACGUGUUCCCGGCCGGCUGGUGCGAGCGCAGCCAGCGCGCGCUGCGCCCGCCCGCCGCGCACCGGCACGGCUUCAGCUGGCCCAUGUACCUCAAGCAGAUGCGCGCCAUAGCCGCCCCCAGGCACCUGUUCCCGCACAUCACUACCACGACUGUAAAACCCAACGGCUUCCGCAUCGGCAUGAAACUCGAAGCCGAGGACCGCAAGAACGACAUGGUGUGUGUCGCGACCGUCGCCGACAUGCUCGACGCCCGGCUGCUGAUCAACUUCGACUCGUGGGACGAUAUGUACGACGUGUGGCUGGAUCCCACGUCGCCAUACAUACACUCAGUCGGCUGGGCAGAGGAGAACGGCAUCGCGCUCACACCGCCCAACUUCUACAAGGACCCGGACUCGUUCUCUUGGGAGAGCUACCUGGCCGAGACGGGGGCCGCGGCGGCGCCCCCGCGCGCCUUCAAGACGCGCCCGCCGCAGGGCUUCAAGCCCGGCAUGAAGCUCGAGGUCGUCGACAAGCGGGUGCCGUUCCUGAUCCGCGUAGCCAGCAUAAGCGAAGUGAAGGGCCACCAGGUCCGCAUCUCGUUUGACGGGUGGCCGGACGAACUCUCGUAUUGGCUGGACGAUGAUUCGCCUGACAUUCAUCCCGUUGGUUGGUGUUUGAAGACCGGACAUCCACUCGAACCGCCAUUAACGGCGGAAGAAGCAGUGGUCCUGGGCCCGUGCGGCGUGGGCGGGUGCCGCGGCCUGGGUUCCCUGCGCGGCGGCGCGCACAAGCAGCACGUGGCGGCCUCCGCCUGCCCGUACCGCGCGCCCGCCUCGCCGGCCCCGCCCGACCGCCUCGCUGCUGAACGACCCACGAGCACGUGGCGGCCUCCGCCUGCCCGUACCGCGCGCCCGCCUCGCCGGCCCCGCCCGACCGCCUCGCUGCUGAACGACCCACGAGGUAAGAAGCAGUGGUCCUGGGCCCGUGCGGCGUGGGCGGGUGCCGCGGCCUGGGUUCCCUGCGCGGCGGCGCGCACAAGCAGCACGUGGCGGCCUCCGCCUGCCCGUACCGCGCGCCCGCCUCGCCGGCCCCGCCCGACCGCCUCGCUGCUGAACGACCCACGAGGUAAGAAGCAGUGGUCCUGGGCCCGUGCGGCGUGGGCGGGUGCCGCGGCCUGGGUUCCCUGCGCGGCGGCGCGCACAAGCAGCACGUGGCGGCCUCCGCCUGCCCGUACCGCGCGCCCGCCUCGCCGGCCCCGCCCGACCGCCUCGCUGCUGAACGACCCACGAGGUAAGAAGCAGUGGUCCUGGGCCCGUGCGGCGUGGGCGGGUGCCGCGGCCUGGGUUCCCUGCGCGGCGGCGCGCACAAGCAGCACGUGGCGGCCUCCGCCUGCCCGUACCGCGCGCCCGCCUCGCCGGCCCCGCCCGACCGCCUCGCUGCUGAACGACCCACGAGGUAAGAAGCAGUGGUCCUGGGCCCGUGCGGCGUGGGCGGGUGCCGCGGCCUGGGUUCCCUGCGCGGCGGCGCGCACAAGCAGCACGUGGCGGCCUCCGCCUGCCCGUACCGCGCGCCCGCCUCGCCGGCCCCGCCCGACCGCCUCGCUGCUGAACGACCCACGAGGUAAGAAGCAGUGGUCCUGGGCCCGUGCGGCGUGGGCGGGUGCCGCGGCCUGGGUUCCCUGCGCGGCGGCGCGCACAAGCAGCACGUGGCGGCCUCCGCCUGCCCGUACCGCGCGCCCGCCUCGCCGGCCCCGCCCGACCGCCUCGCUGCUGAACGACCCACGAGGUAAGAAGCAGUGGUCCUGGGCCCGUGCGGCGUGGGCGGGUGCCGCGGCCUGGGUUCCCUGCGCGGCGGCGCGCACAAGCAGCACGUGGCGGCCUCCGCCUGCCCGUACCGCGCGCCCGCCUCGCCGGCCCCGCCCGACCGCCUCGCUGCUGAACGACCCACGAGGUAAGAAGCAGUGGUCCUGGGCCCGUGCGGCGUGGGCGGGUGCCGCGGCCUGGGUUCCCUGCGCGGCGGCGCGCACAAGCAGCACGUGGCGGCCUCCGCCUGCCCGUACCGCGCGCCCGCCUCGCCGGCCCCGCCCGACCGCCUCGCUGCUGAACGACCCACGAGGUAAGAAGCAGUGGUCCUGGGCCCGUGCGGCGUGGGCGGGUGCCGCGGCCUGGGUUCCCUGCGCGGCGGCGCGCACAAGCAGCACGUGGCGGCCUCCGCCUGCCCGUACCGCGCGCCCGCCUCGCCGGCCCCGCCCGACCGCCUCGCUGCUGAACGACCCACGAGGUAAGAAGCAGUGGUCCUGGGCCCGUGCGGCGUGGGCGGGUGCCGCGGCCUGGGUUCCCUGCGCGGCGGCGCGCACAAGCAGCACGUGGCGGCCUCCGCCUGCCCGUACCGCGCGCCCGCCUCGCCGGCCCCGCCCGACCGCCUCGCUGCUGAACGACCCACGAGGUAAGAAGCAGUGGUCCUGGGCCCGUGCGGCGUGGGCGGGUGCCGCGGCCUGGGUUCCCUGCGCGGCGGCGCGCACAAGCAGCACGUGGCGGCCUCCGCCUGCCCGUACCGCGCGCCCGCCUCGCCGGCCCCGCCCGACCGCCUCGCUGCUGAACGACCCACGAGGUAAGAAGCAGUGGUCCUGGGCCCGUGCGGCGUGGGCGGGUGCCGCGGCCUGGGUUCCCUGCGCGGCGGCGCGCACAAGCAGCACGUGGCGGCCUCCGCCUGCCCGUACCGCGCGCCCGCCUCGCCGGCCCCGCCCGACCGCCUCGCUGCUGAACGACCCACGAGGUAAGAAGCAGUGGUCCUGGGCCCGUGCGGCGUGGGCGGGUGCCGCGGCCUGGGUUCCCUGCGCGGCGGCGCGCACAAGCAGCACGUGGCGGCCUCCGCCUGCCCGUACCGCGCGCCCGCCUCGCCGGCCCCGCCCGACCGCCUCGCUGCUGAACGACCCACGAGGUAAGAAGCAGUGGUCCUGGGCCCGUGCGGCGUGGGCGGGUGCCGCGGCCUGGGUUCCCUGCGCGGCGGCGCGCACAAGCAGCACGUGGCGGCCUCCGCCUGCCCGUACCGCGCGCCCGCCUCGCCGGCCCCGCCCGACCGCCUCGCUGCUGAACGACCCACGAGGUAAGAAGCAGUGGUCCUGGGCCCGUGCGGCGUGGGCGGGUGCCGCGGCCUGGGUUCCCUGCGCGGCGGCGCGCACAAGCAGCACGUGGCGGCCUCCGCCUGCCCGUACCGCGCGCCCGCCUCGCCGGCCCCGCCCGACCGCCUCGCUGCUGAACGACCCACGAGGUAAGAAGCAGUGGUCCUGGGCCCGUGCGGCGUGGGCGGGUGCCGCGGCCUGGGUUCCCUGCGCGGCGGCGCGCACAAGCAGCACGUGGCGGCCUCCGCCUGCCCGUACCGCGCGCCCGCCUCGCCGGCCCCGCCCGACCGCCUCGCUGCUGAACGACCCACGAGGUAAGAAGCAGUGGUCCUGGGCCCGUGCGGCGUGGGCGGGUGCCGCGGCCUGGGUUCCCUGCGCGGCGGCGCGCACAAGCAGCACGUGGCGGCCUCCGCCUGCCCAAGCAGUGGUCCUGGGCCCGUGCGGCGUGGGCGGGUGCCGCGGCCUGGGUUCCCUGCGCGGCGGCGCGCACAAGCAGCACGUGGCGGCCUCCGCCUGCCCGUACCGCGCGCCCGCCUCGCCGGCCCCGCCCGACCGCCUCGCUGCUGAACGACCCACGAGGGCCCCCGGUCGACCUCCGAAAACGGCAGAAACACUGACUCCUACCAGCGACACGCACACAUCCAAAGAGAAACCCACAAGAGGAAGACCUCCAAAACAUAAGAGGGUGGAAGAAGUUUCGAAAGCUGACCCAGCGUCCGACGGAAUCAUUGUCGAGCAGCAACGCCGCCAGCAGCCGGCGCUGGCGCGUGCGCCGCCGCGAGCCGCGCGAGCUGCGCUCCGACGUGCACGCGCACAUCGCCGCACUGCAGCUGCCGAGCCGACCCGAUAUAUGGACGCAGGUAUGUGCUGCCGGCGCGUGCGCCGCCGCGAGCCGCGCGAGCUGCGCUCCGACGUGCACGCGCACAUCGCCGCACUGCAGCUGCCGAGCCGACCCGAUAUAUGGACGCAGGUAUGUGCUGCCGGCGCGUGCGCCGCCGCGAGCCGCGCGAGCUGCGCUCCGACGUGCACGCGCACAUCGCCGCACUGCAGCUGCCGAGCCGACCCGAUAUAUGGACGCAGGUAUGUGCUGCCGGCGCGUGCGCCGCCGCGAGCCGCGCGAGCUGCGCUCCGACGUGCACGCGCACAUCGCCGCACUGCAGCUGCCGAGCCGACCCGAUAUAUGGACGCAGGUAUGUGCUGCCGGCGCGUGCGCCGCCGCGAGCCGCGCGAGCUGCGCUCCGACGUGCACGCGCACAUCGCCGCACUGCAGCUGCCGAGCCGACCCGAUAUAUGGACGCAGGUAUGUGCUGCCGGCGCGUGCGCCGCCGCGAGCCGCGCGAGCUGCGCUCCGACGUGCACGCGCACAUCGCCGCACUGCAGCUGCCGAGCCGACCCGAUAUAUGGACGCAGGUAUGUGCUGCCGGCGCGUGCGCCGCCGCGAGCCGCGCGAGCUGCGCUCCGACGUGCACGCGCACAUCGCCGCACUGCAGCUGCCGAGCCGACCCGAUAUAUGGACGCAGGUAUGUGCUGCCGGCGCGUGCGCCGCCGCGAGCCGCGCGAGCUGCGCUCCGACGUGCACGCGCACAUCGCCGCACUGCAGCUGCCGAGCCGACCCGAUAUAUGGACGCAGGUAUGUGCUGCCGGCGCGUGCGCCGCCGCGAGCCGCGCGAGCUGCGCUCCGACGUGCACGCGCACAUCGCCGCACUGCAGCUGCCGAGCCGACCCGAUAUAUGGACGCAGGUAUGUGCUGCCGGCGCGUGCGCCGCCGCGAGCCGCGCGAGCUGCGCUCCGACGUGCACGCGCACAUCGCCGCACUGCAGCUGCCGAGCCGACCCGAUAUAUGGACGCAGGUAUGUGCUGCCGGCGCGUGCGCCGCCGCGAGCCGCGCGAGCUGCGCUCCGACGUGCACGCGCACAUCGCCGCACUGCAGCUGCCGAGCCGACCCGAUAUAUGGACGCAGGUAUGUGCUGCCGGCGCGUGCGCCGCCGCGAGCCGCGCGAGCUGCGCUCCGACGUGCACGCGCACAUCGCCGCACUGCAGCUGCCGAGCCGACCCGAUAUAUGGACGCAGGUAUGUGCUGCCGGCGCGUGCGCCGCCGCGAGCCGCGCGAGCUGCGCUCCGACGUGCACGCGCACAUCGCCGCACUGCAGCUGCCGAGCCGACCCGAUAUAUGGACGCAGGUAUGUGCUGCCGGCGCGUGCGCCGCCGCGAGCCGCGCGAGCUGCGCUCCGACGUGCACGCGCACAUCGCCGCACUGCAGCUGCCGAGCCGACCCGAUAUAUGGACGCAGGAGCAGGUGGGCACGCUGGUGGCGCGCGUGGGCGGCGCGGCGGCGGGCGCGGCGGCGCGCGCGGCGCGGCUCGCGGGGAGGGAGCUGCUCAUGGCGUCGCAGGAGGAGCUCGUCGCCUGUCUGCACAUACGGCUCGGCCCCGCUGUUAAGGUUUACGGUGCAGUUCGGCAGUUACGGCGCGCCAUCACAUGAAAAAGAACCUCCCCUUCCUUGCUAUUAUAAAAACGUCAAGCCAGAUCCACUCCCGCGCACUCCCGGUAAAUCUAUUGAAGUACAAA